ACCGUCUCUAUCUCCCUAUCGAUCACCAUGCUCAGCGUACAUUCCACCUCAGUAGAGCUGGAGGGUGUACCUACGGAAAUUAUGGUACAAGGAUUUGCAGAUCGUAUCCUCGUACUUGUUACGCAAAUGGGCAAAGUUGGCAACUUGAUUCAAGCAUCUAUUCCAUCGACGAUACCACUAUUGUCGGCUCACGAUGAGGAAUCAAAUUCUACUGGACUCCCUGCGCCCCCCGCAGCCAUUCAACUUACACCGCUACUUGGUGGGGCUUCCUCUGAACAUUUGCAGACGUUGCAUUCGUUAUAUGCAGCACAAAUUGCCACUAUUAUCUGGGUUGAAGAAGCGAAGAAGAUGGUUGUAGACCGAAAAAGUGUUGUAGUUGGAAUCGCGCUUCGUAGGGAAGGUGACGCUGAUGAAAGAAAGACAUUCCAUGGGGUUAUGAAUCAUCUUUACCGCCUCCUAGUCUAAUGGUACAUUCCAUUUUUAGAAUACACUAGGGUUAGGGUUAGGACUACCAAAGAUCAAAAAAAGGACGGCCUGCCCAGCCAGAGUGGCCGUGGCAGGACUGGAAAAUAUUGAGACGGUGCAUGAGCCGGAGCCCAUACAAACCGUAGUUACCCUCUGUAUGGACAGGGUCGCCGUGCUAUGAAGGGUCCCCACGGCCCACAAACCCAGGUACUUGAAGGAGCCUAUGC